CUCAUCGAAAUUGGGCUGAAAUUUGCAGAGCCUUGACCGCCCUUCCGUGAGACUGUCUCAGCUGGUGGGCAGUCGUACCUGCGUGGGAAGGGCUAGUGGGCUGCCGCUUGGCGAGCCCCAACAGACUCGGCGGAUUGCUUGAGGAGGAAGCUCCGAUCUUUCCUGAGCGAAGAAAGAGAAAAGCUUCCUCAACUUCACGGAACGCGAUUGAAGCGCUACAAAUCGGGAACGAACUGGAAUUCCAUUCAAGCCCCGUUUCCGAACUGAAAGAGAAGGAGGCAUUCGUUUCUAAGCAUUUGCCGACAACGCUUUUCGAACACACUGGACAUCUUCGUCGAGAGCGAGCCUCAAGUUAGGGGUCCAAUAUGGCAUACAAAUAUAUAAUAUCCAAGUCUCUAGACCCCAUCUUCGCAAUCGCAAUAGGCACCGCUGCGGCUUGGACUCGCAUUAGUCGGGAAGAGAAUGAGAAGGGACGGGAUAUGACAAAGACGAUUGAGGUGGUGAAGAGGAGGGUUGAUAUUGCUUGGAAUGGGGCUGGGGGGAGAAGCCGGAAAGGGAAGGAGGAAGACCAUGAAGAAGGGAAGGCGUGGGAGGGCUAAGGCCCCAUGAAGGGGUUUGGUUAAGAAGGC